UCGGACGAAAGCUCGCUCGAGCUUUUUUUACCUCUAUAUCUUUCCUAGUAGUCCUGCGUCGGCGGUCGUUGGCCUUUCUGCUGCUGCUGCAAGCUCCUCGCGAAAAUGGCAGUGUAGUGUGUAGAGUCUCCCAUACCGCCGUGAACGAUCCGGUUCUUGAGGCAACGAGUGCAUUUCCGGCAGUUUCCAAAAAGCUCGGCGGUCUCUGAUCCUCGGGAGGAGCCGAGAGCGGCUGCGUCGUCGGACAACGCAUUUACUAUAGGAUAUAUAGUCUCUGAUCGCAGGGUGCAAGCUCACAUUGGUGUAGCACAUUGGUGCACAUUCGGGAGGGCGCAAGGAUGGCACUGGGCCAGUCGGAGUCCAGUACUAGGCAGCGAUCGAAGGACGCAACUGCAACGAUCCGAACGCGCUGCGACUCGUGCCGGCAACGAUUGACUCUCUGCAGCAACUCUUUGUUCGCUCGACGCUCUCGAUUCAGUCGCAGAUCGAUCGACUAAGCGGCCCGCAGUCACCCAUCCACGUAAAAAAUGACAAGCCGUAGCGGCGCCAAGUCGAAGAGGCCGCGAGCGAAUCCGCUGCUCGUCUCGUUGCUGUCGUUGCUGCUGUUGUUGAGCCAGCAGCUGCAGCAGUGUUCGGCGGACGGGCCGGGCUUGCUCGACGGCUCGGUCCAGCGCACGCCCAGCAGCAUAAAGAUCGGCAAGUCGAGCCGCAGCCACGCCAGCGGUGGAGGCCAAGGCGGCUCGUCGGGGCCGGUGCGCGGCAAUUCCAGCAUCAAGAUCGGCAAGGGCAACAGUCUGCUCAACACGACGCGCAUGAGCCGGCCGGUCCUCACCACCUCCAUGACCAGCACCAGCAUACCGCUGGCCUAUGUCACCUCGGCCUCGACCACGCCCCAGGCCGCCGACAUGAGCUUGAGCUCGUCCGGCGUCGAGUACACCGGCUCCAACAACGGCACCGACAUCAAAAAGCUCAAGGUCGGCCUGGCGGUGCCCUACAAGUCGUUCGGCUCGCGCGAGUACACCCGGGCCGUCAUCCGAGCCGUCUCGGCCAUGCAGAAGACCAGUCGGCACAAGAACCUCAGCCUCUUCCAGCACUACGACAUCCACGUGAAGGUCGCCAUGCAGGAAUUGACUCCGAGCCCCAUGAACAUCUUGAACUCGCUGUGCAAAGACAUCUUAUCUAACAACGUAUCGGCCAUCCUAUACCUGUUGAAUUACGAGCAGUACGGGCGUAGCACGGCGAGCGCCCAAUACUUCCUGCAGCUGGCCGGCUACUUGGGCAUACCCGUGAUCGCCUGGAACGCCGACAAUUCUGGACUCGAGAGGCGGUCGUCGCAGAGCUCGCUGCACCUGCAGCUGGCGCCGUCGAUCGAGCACCAGGCCGCGGCGAUGAUGUCGAUCCUCGAGCGCUACAAGUGGCACCAGUUCAGCGUGGUGACGUCGCAGAUAGCCGGCCACGCGGACUUUGUCCAGGCGGUGCGCGAGCGCAUAAGCGAGAUGCAGGAGCGCUUCAAGUUCACCCUGCUGCAGGCCGUCCUGUUCACGGGCAAGCAGGACCUGCGCGUCCUGAAGAAGAGCGAGUCGCGGGUCAUGCUGCUCUACUCGACCAAGGACGAGGCCACGGCCAUCUUUCGCGACGCCCAGGAGCUCAACAUCACCGGCGAGAACUACGUCUGGAUCGUGACCCAGAGCGUGAUCGAGAACAGGCAGCCCGGCUACAGCUUCCCCGUGGGCAGCAUCGGGGUGCACUUCGACACGAGCAGCACCAGCAUCGUCAACAACAUCGCCACGGCCAUCAAGGCCUACGCCUACGCCGUCGAGGACUUUAUGAACGACCCGAGCAACGCCCAGCACAGCCUCAACACCCAGCUGAGCUGCGACGGCGCCGAGGGCGGCGAGUCCCGAUGGAGCAUCGGCGAUUACUUCUUCAAGUACUUGAAGAACGUCUCGGUCGACUCGGACACGCCGGGCAAGCCGCCCCUCGAGUUCACUCAGGACGGCGCGCCCAAAUCGGCCGAGUUGAAAAUCAUGAACCUAAGGCCCAGCGUCAGUAUGCAUCUGGCCUGGGAGGAGAUCGGCACGUGGAAAUCCUGGGAAAGACGCGGCCUCGACAUCAAGGACAUCGUCUGGCCGGGUAAUCAGCACUCGCCGCCCCAAGGCGUGCCCGAGAAAUUCUUCGUCACCAUCUCGUUCCUCGAGGAGCCGCCCUACAUCAAUCUCGCUCCGCCCGAUCCCGUCAGCGGCAAGUGCCUCAUGGAGCGAGGCGUGCACUGCCGAGUCUCUCGAGAUCCCGAGAGCGUCGAUGUCGCGGCAACGACCGAAUCGAGCAACGGGCCCGGAAGCUCGACGACGGCUCAGCCGCAGCAGAACGGCAGCACGUACCAGUGCUGCAGCGGAUUCUGCAUAGAUCUGCUUCAGAAAUUUUCCGAGGAUCUCGGCUUUACCUACGAGCUGGUCAGAGUCCAGGACGGCAAAUGGGGCACUAUCGAGAACGGCAAGUGGAACGGGCUCAUAGCCGAUCUGGUCAAUCGGAAAACCGAAAUGGUGCUGACGUCGCUGAAGAUAAAUUCGGAGCGCGAGGCGGCGGUGGACUUUACCGUGCCCUUCAUGGAGACCGGCACCGCCAUAGUCGUGGCCAAACGUACCGGCAUCAUUUCGCCCACGGCAUUUUUAGAGCCGUUCGACAUGCCGUCGUGGAUGCUCGUGGGAUUCGUUGCCAUUCACUCGGCCACCCUCAUGAUUUUCCUCUUCGAGUGGCUGUCGCCUACGUCCGGCUUUCGCGGACUCGACUCGAGAUCUCAUCAUCAUCGUCACCACCACCAUCAUCACCAUCAUCAUCACCACCAUCAUCAUCAUCAUCAACACAAUCAUCACGUGGUGAGCAUAUUAGACAUUUUUCAAACUUGUCUCGUUGAAAUUCAUAUGGCGAAUGAUUGGUUGCAGGCCGGCACAACGAAUCUGUCGUCGUCGCAGCGACAUCGCUUCUCGCUCUGCCGAGUCUAUUGGCUGGUGUGGGCGGUACUUUUCCAAGCCGCUGUUCACGUCGAUUCUCCUCGUGGCUUUACCUCCAGAUUCAUGACCAACAUCUGGGCCAUGUUCGCCGUCGUGUUCCUGGCCAUCUACACGGCCAAUCUGGCCGCGUUCAUGAUCACGCGCGAGGAGUUCUGGGACUUUAGCGGGGUCGACGAUCACAGGCUGGCCCGGCCCAUGUCCCACAAGCCCAUGAUCAAGUUCGGCACGGUGCCCUGGACCCACACCGACAGCACCCUGUCCAAGUACUUCCGGGAGAUGUACGCCUACAUGAAGACCUACAACAAGAACAACGUGGCCGAGGGCGUCGAGGCCGUUGUCAAUGGCGACCUCGACGCGUUCAUUUACGAUGGCACGGUGCUCGAUUAUUUGGUCUCGCAGGACGAGGAUUGUCGACUGCUGACCGUCGGCUCCUGGUACUCCAUGACCGGCUACGGCCUGGCCUUUCCUCGCAAUUCCAAAUUCCUCAAGAUGUUUAACCAACGGCUGCUCGAGUAUCGCGACAACGGUGACCUAGAGAGGUUGCGGCGCUACUGGAUGACGGGCACCUGUCGGCCCGACAAAGAAGUGCAGAAGAGCAGCGAUCCUCUGGCCCUCGAGCAGUUCUUGAGUGCUUUCCUCAUGCUCAUGGUCGGCAUACUCAUAGCGGCCAUUUUGCUCUUCUUCGAGUACAUCUACUUCAAGUACGUGAGACGUCAUCUUGCUAAAGACAGUCGCACCGCCAAAUGUUGCGCCCUCCUUAGCGUCCGAGAGAUGUUCAUGAAUCCCGAAAUGGAAGUUCCUAACUAGAGAUCCUGAGCUUGCCCCCAAGCUCGAGUGAGUCAUACAACCUGGCGGUACAUGCACAGGAGCCAUCAUCCGCGGGGAGCUUUUUGUUUUUUGUUUUUUUUUUUUUUUAAGGAAAUGGAUUUGCUAAUCAAAAGAGCAACUUUGACGGCGAUAGUCUUCCACUUAGAUGUAUAUCGUAGUUGAACACCAACACUGACUCAAUAACAACCAAGUAAUUGAAACGAAUCGAUCGACGAGGAGAUUCAAAAGCUUGAGAGAACGAAAAAAAAUCAUUGCCAACAACGCCAAGGUUUUGUGUAUAAAUGUUUGUAAAA